AAAAAGUUUUACACCUUUAAAAUCUCAAACAUGAAAGCAAACAUGGCGUGAACCGUGUAAUAAUAAUCUUGAAGGUUUAAACGGAAAGGAGUUCAAUUCAAAGUAGCGAUGGCGUCGAAAGAUUCAACACCACCGUAUCAAAGCGCCGCGAGAAUCUCCGACUCUCAAUGUUUUCCUCAAUACACCGCUUCUCUCAAAUGUUUAGAAGAAUUUAAUACGGAUAAGAGUAAAUGUCAAGAACAUUUUGAUGUUUACAAGGAGUGUAAGAAAAAGGAGAGGGAGGCAAGAUUGGAACGUAAUAAAACUCGGUCCUUAUUCUCAUGAAAUCUUGGCAGAGUUUCACUUACUGUAUAACUGUUUACAAAGUUACUGGUUCACCAGUACCAGUGGUUCAUAUAUGGUAGUGUUAGCCAUUAAGGUUAUGAAUUUAUGUGAAGCCAUGACAAGAAGGUGUUGCAAUAAAUUUGUUAACGGUACUCUACACUGUCGUCGUUUUUGCAUCAAUACUUACUUUAGGUUCCAAUAAAUUAGUUGUUUACAGCUUACUGCAAUAUGUUGUUAGUUCCACUGAAACCUUGUUGACCUGUGGAUACUAAAAUUAUUACUAUGAUGAUGAAUGAACUCUCUCUCUACCGACUUUUGUGGUACAGCAAGUAUAUGUUUUAAGGA